AUUCCUCCUCCCUGAAAACCCCUUUGACUACAUGAGGAAGUGCCUACAGUUCAUCAGACCCAAACUUGCUCCUCAGUUACUAUUCAGUGAGUGUAAUUUCUUGUGAGAAGCUGUAGUAGCAUGGGUAGAGGUAGCAGGUAGCAUGCUUACGGGGUGCUCUCUUGGCAACGCGAAGGGUGGAUGUGAUCAUGAUACAGCACAGUCCCGUCCUGGUUUUGAGCUUCUGCUUGGCUCGUGCUGCGCCGUCUGUACUUUGAAUUUUCCAUUUCAGGGGUCUUACAGUAACACCAGCUCACUCUUGGGUUUAUAGCCAUCACGGCUGCAGCAGCAGUCUUUUGGCAUUUAAUACUGUGCCGAACAUCCCCAGCUCAUACAAGACUACAGUCAAGGCCUGGGUCUCUGGCUGUCAAAGACUUUAAGGACUACGCUGGAAAAGAAAAUUGUUUGGAAGUUGGUGUCCUUUAGGACAGAGCUGUGACAGGCAAAUGCCAUAAAGGGAAGAGUGGAAGUAGUGUAGAUUGAGGAGGGUGCAGGAGUGAGUUAGCUUCCUCCUGGAGAAGAGCACACUCGAAUUUACUUCUAAAAUAAAGCGUGUGUGGCAGUACCGUGUUUGAUCCUCAGGAGGGGAGGGCAUCCGGAAGGAGUCAACGCUGCAUGCUGCUGUACUUGCAGCUUUGCUACGAGCGAGGAUUAGGGGAUAAUUGUUUCCAUGAGAAAUAGUGGGAGAAGCCAGCCAUGCUGAUCACCCAUGGGGGGCAGGGGCCAGGUGCCUCUUUCCCAGAAAGCUACCCCUGCAACAUCACAUGAGCCAAGCAGUAGGUAAUUACAGCGUUUAUAAUGCCAUUAACCUUUAAUCACAUAGUCCAUUAGUGGGCUAAGAGCAUUUUAAAAAAAUAAAUAACAAACCACCAAGCCUUGGCAUGGUGUCCCGUGCAAUUAGAUUUUAGCAGGACUUCAGGCUGCAUGCUGAUGGCAGAAACCUCAUGUGUGGUCAGGGAACCCCUGGGUAAAAGAUACCACAGCAGAAAUUUGUUUCUAGAGAGUGUCUCGCUCUCGAUGGCUGCCCUCUGUGUCACGGGAGGACUUUCUUAAUGCCGAAUGAAAUGUAGCUUCAAGGGUCAGAUUAGCCAUCAGUCCUGUGGGAGCCGCUGAGGAAAUAUUGUCAGCUGUAGUGUUUGCCUUUUUGCAUGGCUGUGAAGCUGGCCUGGGUUCUGUAAAUAAUGAUGUUAUAUUUAGCUGUGAAGUGCAUUAUGUCAGAGCAGUUUCAGUGGUAACAAAACAUUUAAUGAAAAAGCAUUAAGCAGGAGAACUUUUUAAAAAUAAACAUCUUCCUACACUUAGCACAUUGGGGUGCUUAAUCACCCCUUUGUAUGAUUUUUGGUGUAAUAUGUAUGGUAUCAAAUAACUGGUAAGCUACUUGGCAUUUGUAUAGCAUCAAACAGCAGACUCCUUAGUCAGCCAGUGCAUCGAAAUAAUUAUAUAUAAGAAAUACUUGUGGAAAUUAACCCCUCCAUCUUAUAGAAAUAACCAUGGCAAUCUGUGUGGAGAUAGCAGCUAUUACUGCCCACAUACGGAUUGGUUUUGUUUCCCUAUCUAACGCUGAGGUAAACAGAGUAACUGGCACAGAAUAUGAAGUGUUUUCUCUACUGUUUAAUGCUUUUCAGUGGAUUCUGCUAACGCAGUAGCAUUGGCUAGUUAUUCCUGCUAACCUAUAAAAUUGCUCAGGAGGGAACCGUUUCGGAAUUGCUUGAGAGCAAGCCAGAAGUGUAAUGCCUGCAUACAUAAAAUACAUUUUAAAAAGAAAAAGUUAAACCUCAGUAGGAAUUGCCUCUCAAGCUGAAGUUUACAGUUUCCCUUUAUCAAAUAAUUCUAAAGUGAGCAACUCCUUCAGAUGAGGAGGGGGAAAGAAAAGUCCUAAUAAAUACCUGUGUGGUUUUAUAUCUAGUUAAUAUAUAGCAGUUGUGCUGGCAAGCAAUGCAGCUGCCUGUGCUGUUUGCAACCGUAAAGGUAUGGAGUGAGCUGUCAGCUGCUGUAAGACACCAGCCCUGUCCAGCCCAGCAGGGCGUAAGUGUAAUUUAUCCAGAGGCACUUGCUGUCUUGGUCUUGUUACUUAGGUUGCUUUGGUAGAAAAGCAACUGACAUGAAUAUCACAUGGGAGCUUUAUUUCUUCCCUGUAUGAGACUGGCUAUUUUUAGUCUACAAGGAAUCACAUCUACAGGAGGAGGAGGGACUGGAUUCUGGGGCUUGUUCUUGAGGGUCCAUGGUAGGUAGCUUUCAAAAUCUACUUUAAGCUCCUUGGCCAUACUUUCUCUACAGGUUUUUCUAGAAAAAUUUUUCAGUAUCAAAGGUCCAGGUGUCCAGCCUAAACGUGUCUGUGUUCUGCUUGUACCCGUUAGUACAUCAGCUCUCAAUAUCCAGCAAUGUGGAGUUAAUCUGAAAUGUGAUUGAAGACGGUCAGUCACUCUCAGUCUGACUGUACAGCACUGAAGUCUGGCUGUAAAACUGUGUGUUCACCAAGACAGUUACAUGGUUGUUUCCAGCAUGAUUUAUCUUCUGUGUUAACCUUAAAAUAGUGUGUCUCUUUCAUCUGUGCAUGCCCAGUAGUCACAUGGAGGUUGAAUUAGUCCACAGAGAUCCAUCUCAGAGAUGGUCUGAAGCUUGUGCACGGUGCAUUUAUCUGCUCCAGCAGAAUAAUCCUCUUGUUUUCAGCUGCAUGCUUGGCAAUUAAGACACAAUCUGUGCUACUUAAGGUAUAAAUAAGCAUUUAGCAUUACUUAUGGAUUACAUGAGGACAACAGAUGCUAUUUUGAAGGAGCAGUUAAUGAGUGGCAGGUUUCAUAGAACAAACACUUGCAGUUGUGCACGUGAAAAAUAAUUGAAUUAAGGGGGGGAAAAGUUUCAGAAUGCAAGUCAAAAUGUGAUAGUAGCUUUCAGCUACUUAAUAGUGAGUUUGUCUUUAUUAGUUAUAAGAAUUAUGCAUACUGAAGGUAACUACCUGUUUAUUUUUAGAUCAAACGCAUGCAUCCAUGUAGUCUCUUCUUAACAUUAAAUUUACCAACUUAAAAAAAGGAAAGUUGAAGGGUAAAAAACUUGGAAUCUGAAUUUUGGCAGUGCUUUAGGUAGUAAUGUACAACCUGGGUGAAGAGAGGAAAUCUGAUGCUUUGCAGGUUUAACGUGAUCUGCGGUAAGCCAUUAACCGAACUUGAAUUCUCUCCCUGCGUUUGAUUCUAGAAGCAUGUGCACAGAGAUCUGUUGAUGUGAGACCUAACUGUCGUGUGCCUUGCUUUGCUUUCUGCUCCAUAAAGUGGAAAUAAUAGGGCUUCCUCCACAGGGAUGGACAGGGACGUACCAAAAUGAAUGUAUGCUGGCUCGCUUCCUUGCUGUAGUGAGUGUCUGUCGCCAGGACAAGAGACACCAAGCAAAAUGGUUGACGAGGAAGCAAAGAGCUUACCUAUGGAGCUGAGUGAGAAGGGAGGUGUGGAGAACAAUGGAUUUGUUCAAAAUGAGGCUUUUGAUGACAAGGAGACUGAUACCAGUAGCCAAGAAGAAAUGCCAAAAACAUGCGUUAUUGGUGUGAACCCAGAAGCUACUGAGGAGCCGGCUUUGGAGCCCUACGCAGGGAUGCCAAAGGAAGUCUUGCUGAAGUUCUCCAGCCAAGCCCGGUACAGAGUCACCAGGGAGAUUCUCUUUUGGCUCAUAAUCAUCGCUGCUGUCAUGCUCGUGUGUGCUACGAUUGCCAUUAUUGCUCUGUCCCCAAAGUGCCUCGACUGGUGGCAAGCUAGUCCUAUUUACCAGAUCUACCCUCGUUCUUUCAAGGACAGCGACAUGGAUGGGAAUGGUGAUCUGAAAGGUAUCCAAGAAAAGCUGGACCAUAUAGUGAAUUUGAACAUAAAAACCAUCUGGAUCACUUCUUUCUACAAGUCCCCCUUAAAAGACCUUGGCUACGGAGCUGAAGACUUCUAUGAUGUUGAUCCCAUGUUUGGAUCAAUGAGUGAUUUUGAGAAUCUGCUUGCAGCCAUACAUGAUCGAGGGUUAAAAGUGAUAAUGGACCUAAUACCAAACCACACAAGUGACAAGCACCAAUGGUUUCAGCUUAGUCGCAACCGCACUGGGAAGUACACGGACUACUACAUCUGGCAGGACUGCGUGCAGGCGGGGGGAGCGAUCACUGUGCCCAACAACUGGGUGAGCGUCUAUGGGAAUUCCAGCUGGCAGUUUGAUGAUGUGAGAAAACAGUGUUAUUUUCAUCAGUUUGGGAAAGAACAGCCAGAUUUAAAUUUCCGCAACCUUGCUGUUCAACAAGAAAUCCAUGAUAUUAUCAAAUUUUGGCUUGGCAAAGGAGUUGAUGGAUUUAGUUUUGUCGCUGUUAAAUUUCUUCUAGAAGCCACGCAUCUACGAAAUGAACCACAAGUGAACAAGUCUCAGAAUUCUGAGAGCAUCACAGCCUAUUCUGAGCUCUACCAUGACUACACAACCACCCAAGUUGGCAUGCACGACAUCAUCCGUAGCUUCCGUCAAACCAUGGAUCAAUACAGCAGUGAACCUGGCCGAUACAGAUUUAUGGGUUCUGAUGGUGAUGAAAAGGAAGACAUAGGAGCAACAAUGAUGUAUUAUGGAACAACUUUUGUCCAAGAAGCAGACUUCCCAUUCAAUUUCUACCUAAUUAACAUGAAAAAUCUGUCAGGAAACAGUAUUUUUGAAGCCGUCAACUUGUGGAUGAAAAACAUGCCUAAAGGGAAAUGGCCAAACUGGGCGGCUGGAAGCCCUAACACUGCCCGGAUUUCAUCUCGGUUUGGGAAGAAGUAUGUCAGUGUUAUAAACAUGCUGCUUUUAACCCUCCCUGGUACUCCUAUUACGUACUAUGGUGAAGAAAUAGGUAUGGAGAACAUUGCUUCAGGAAAUGUGACCUUCCCAGAGAAAUCCCCCAUGCAGUGGGAUGGCCAAGUUAACGCUGGUUUUACUGAAGGCACCAGUAGCUGGUUACCCGUUAACCCUGACUACCAAAGUGUGAAUGUUGAAGUACAGAUGACCUGGUCCAACUCAACCCUGAGCUUAUACAGAGAGCUAACUUUACUUCGCAACAAUGAGCUGCCCAUUCAUCGGGGGUGGACGUGCUACAUCUGGAAUGACAGUAAUGUUUUUGUUUAUGUGAGGGAAUUGGAUGGGUUAGAUAGAGUCUUUAUGAUGGUUCUCAAUUUUGGACAGGAAUCGACAAUAGACCUGAAAGCUGUAAUUCCUAGUCUUCCCUCAGCAGCUACUAUAAGACUAAGCACUAAUUUUAGCAAUACUGGUAAAGCUGUCAAUACCAACAUAAUUAAAACUGAAGCGGGAGAAGGCUUGGUCCUUGAAUAUAAAACAGGAAAGCCUGUUCAUACUAUGGAGGGUUUUCAAGACAACUGUUUUGUGGCAGAAAAAGCUUGCUAUUCCAGUGCCUUCAAUUUACUCUAUGUGAACUGUUAAGUGCAAGAGUAGAAUAACCACGUUUUCAUGUUAGUUUAGAAAAUGCUGAUUUCAAAGAAUGGGAAAAAAAUCUGUCUUUUUUCUGGCUUUUCAAACUUACUUUGUGUACAAAAUAAACAGCCUGAAAAAUGAAAUUAA